UAUGAUGGUAAACUUAAAAUGGCGGGCGGUGUUCUUCGUCGGUUCAAUUUGGUUCUUCAAAAAUUAGACCAAGCAAUCCAGAUAUUUCUUGGCCAUGGAUUUCCUCCAAGACCGCUAUGCGCAAUUGAUUGCGGUAACUUCUUGAGCGAACCGAAACCAGUCAAUCGUCUCGGUAGCCGAUCUUUAAAAGAGAUUUUUGAGAACGGCAUUUUGUGGGCAGUUCCAAAGCACCGACGUAGUUUGGAAAUAAGAUAUAAAAGAAGAUUCGGAUUUAAGGAAUACGUAUGGAAGCCACUAGUUCAAAAAACCAAUCUAUUGAUGUGCUUAAAUUGUGGUCAUCACUAUGAAGCUAAUCGCCUAUGUGGAUAUUGUUAUGAGAAAGUAAAGCUUGAGACUAAAGAAAUGCAAGAUGCCAUUCAGAAAAAUUUAGGACUAAGCCCAGUAGAAAAGAAUGUAAUUGUGCUGUAUGAUGGAGAAAAAGAUCAGAAAACAGAAGAUUUCUGGAAGAACCAAAGAGUGGUUGAAAUGCCUAAGAAAAGGCCUGCAUGGUUUAACAAGAAUUUACUCGAACCAACAACACAGGAACCAUCAAGUGAGACGGAUGUCAAACCCACGAAUCUCGCAUAAGACGUGCUUGAAAUCAGACUUUAACAAUCUCCGGUCGAAAAUUAGGAUAUAUCUGUCGAAUUGGAUUAAAAUAAUGCCAAGUUAAUGAAGAUCGAGUUUAUCAGAUUAGGAUGUGUCUCACUUUGUAAGUAGUACAUUUUCACAAAUAAACUAAACAUAUAAAUAUUAAAUGAAA